CUGCUGUAUCCAAGCCCUUCGGCAUCAGCGCUUAAGCAGCAUUUCGUUGGCAGGCAUAUCCAAGACAUUCAGCCCCCAGCUGCCAUUCUUGAUGUGGCGGUCAUCCGUCGUAACUGUCGACUGAUGCUUGAAGCAGUUCAGGCACUCAACGUCACCUUCAGAGCGCACGUCAAGACGCAUAAAACGACCGAGUUGACGAAGCUUCAAGUUGGUGAGCAUUCGGACUGCGUCAAGCUGGUCGCAUCGACGGUCUCCGAGAUCGAGAAUCUGCUCCCAUGGUUGCUCGAGUGCAAAACCGCUCGGAGAACAACAAGCGUUCUGUAUGGAGUUCCUGUGACGCCGUCGUCCAUACCCCGGCUGGCUAGCAUUGUUAGAGCGCUAGGCGAGGGCACAGUUGGUGUCUUUAUUGACCAUCCGUCCCACACUACAGCUUUAGAGCAGGUUGAUGCGGCUAUAUGGCCUGGUCAGAUUCCCGUCUGGAUCAAUAUAGAUGUUGGCUACCAUCGCGAGGGCGUCAGUGCGCAGUCAGGCCAACUCGCCGAUAUCGCAUACGCUCUGAAAUCCUCCGAACGCACUAAGUUAGCAGGCCUUUAUACCCACAUGGGGCAUUCAUAUGCUGUGACCAGCCCCAAGGAGGCGCUGGAACACUUCGCUAAGGAGCUAGAAGGUCUUGAGCAAGGCGCCAUCGAGUUUCUCAAAGUUACCGGUGCGCACCAAAGUGCCAGCAGCGACGCGGAGAAAGUGACCCUCUCGAUCGGCGCUACCCCUACAGCGACAUCAAUACAGAACCUUCUGGAAGACACGGUAGAGGCGUCAAAUUAUCGGGCAAUGAUCGAGAAGCUCAAUCAGUCUUUCACCAUCGAGAUCCAUGCGGGAGUCUAUCCAGUAUUGGAUAUGCAGCAGCUUGCGACGCGUGCAAGGCCGAGGCAAAGCCUAUCAGCGCCGACCAAGAGUCUUCUGUCAUUCUCAGACAUUGGGCUGAGGACUCUUGUCGAGGUCGCAAGCCUGUACCCUGACAGAGGCGAGAGGCCAGAAGCUCUGAUUGCCGCAGGCUCGAUAGUCUUGGGGCGAGAACCGUGCCACAGCUAUCCAGGCUGGGGCGUGGUAUCACCCUGGCCUACAGCACACGGGCCACAUUAUGAUCCCGAAGGAACCAGGACCGGCUGGAUAGUUGGCCGAAUCUCACAGGAGCACGGUGUUCUGACCUGGGAAGGUGACGCGAGCGAUGUUCGUCCGCUGUCAAUUGGCGAAAAGUUGCUGAUUUGGACCAAUCAUGCAUGCAUCGCUGGUGUUAACUUCGGCUGGUACCUCGUUGUAGACUCCGACACGCCCGAUCCUAACAGCAUCGUAGACUGUUGGCUUAGGUGGCGUGGUUGGUAG